GAAUCCUCAGGGCUGGAUGGAGCGGGCCGUUCUAGUCUCUACCCUUGCGCUUUCUCGCUGGGCGGUAAAAGUCCUCCAAGUAGCAUGAGGGGAUGACUUUGGCGGCGCUCUAGCCCGCCGAGAGCAUACGCUCUCCCCAAGCGGGGGCUCUGAUUGGCUGAAGGUUGCGCUAACUCGUGCGACUUCCGGGACAGAGGGCUGUGGCUGGAAGGCACCGCGCAUCCGGCGUGGGGUGCUGAAGUCGCGUUGGUUCGGCCCAAUGGCGGCGCCGCUGCUUCACACGCGGUUGCCGGGAGAUACGGCUGCUUCGGCCUCUGCAGUCAAUACGCUGGGCACGUCGAGGACCGGGCUUUCAAAUAUGCUUGCAUUAGAAAACGAUUUUUUCAAUUCUCCCCCAAGAAAAACUGUUCGGUUUGGUGGAACCGUGACGGAAGUCUUGCUGAAGUACAAAAAGGGUGAAACAAAUGACUUUGAGUUGCUGAAGAACCAGCUGUUAGAUCCAGACAUAAAGGAUGACCAGAUCAUCAACUGGCUGCUAGAAUUUCGUUCUUCUAUCAUGUACUUGACAAAAGACUUUGAGCAGCUUAUCAGUAUUAUAUUGAGAUUGCCUUGGUUGAACAGAAGUCAAACAGUAGUGGAAGAGUAUUUGGCUUUUCUGGGUAAUCUUGUAUCAGCACAGACUGUUUUCCUCAGACCAUGUCUCAGCAUGAUUGCUUCCCAUUUUGUGCCUCCCCGAGUGAUCAUUAAGGAAGGCGACGUAGAUGUUUCAGAUUCUGAUGAUGAAGAUGAUAACCUUCCUGCAAAUUUUGACACAUGUCACAGAGCCUUGCAAAUAAUAGCAAGAUAUGUACCAUCGACACCGUGGUUUCUUAUGCCGAUACUGGUUGAAAAAUUUCCAUUUGUUCGAAAAUCAGAGAGAACACUGGAAUGUUAUGUUCAUAACUUACUAAGGAUUAGUGUUUAUUUUCCAACCUUGAGGCAUGAAAUUCUGGAGCUUAUUAUUGAAAAGUUACUCAAGUUAGAUGUGAGUGCAUCCCGGCAGGAUAUUGAAGAUGCUGAGGAAACAGCAGCACAACCUUGUGGUGGGACAGAUUCCACAGAAGGAUUGUUUAAUAUGGAUGAAGAUGAAGAAACUGAACACGAAACAAGGGCUGAUCCCGAACGGCUUGACCAAAUGGUGCAUCCUGUAGCCGAGCGCCUGGACAUCCUGAUGUCUUUGCUUUUGUCCUACAUGAAGGAUGUCUGCUAUGUAGAUGGUAAGAUUGAUAACAGCAAAACGAAGGAUCUGUAUCGCAGCCUGAUAAACAUCUUUGACAAACUCCUGUUGCCCACCCAUGCCUCCUGCCAUGUACAGUUUUUAAUGUUUUACCUCUGUAGCUUCAAAUUGGGAUUUGCAGAGGCAUUUCUGGAACAUCUCUGGAAAAAAUUACAGGAUCCAAGUAAUCCUGCCAUCAUCAGGCAGGCUGCUGGAAAUUAUAUCGGAAGCUUUUUGGCAAGAGCUAAAUUUAUUCCUCUUAUUACUGUAAAAUCAUGCCUAGAUCUUUUGGUUAACUGGCUGCACAUAUACCUUCAUAACCAGGAUUCAGGAACAAAGGCAUUCUGCGACGUUGCUCUCCAUGGACCAUUUUACUCAGCCUGCCAAGCUGUGUUCUACACCUUUGUUUUUAGACACAAGCAGCUUUUGAGUGGAAACCUGAAAGAAGGUUUGCAGUAUCUUCAGAGUCUGAAUUUUGAGCGGAUAGUGAUGAGCCAGCUAAAUCCCCUGAAGAUUUGCCUGCCAUCGGUGGUUAACUUUUUUGCUGCAAUCACAAAUGUGGACUUUGUUGACAGGUCAAAGAAAUUCAUUGAUCCUAUUUAUCAGAUAUGGGAAGACAUGAGUGCUGAAGAGCUGCAGGAGUUCAAGAAACCCAUUAAAAAGGAGAUAAUGGAAGAUGAAGAUGAUGAUUUUCUGAAAGGUGAAGUGCCCCAGAGUGAUACUGUGAUUGGGAUCACACCGAGCUCCUUUGACGCACAUUUCCGAAGUCCCUCAAGUAGCGUGGGCUCCCCACCCUUGUUGUACAUGCAACCCAGUCCCCUCUGACCUCAAAGAGUUGUGACGAGAUGUGACAUUCGGGAUUCCCCAUCACUUGUCACGCCCUCAGCACCCAGCUUGUGCUGUUGAGCUUUGACUGCAUUGAACUAGAGUGAGCACCUGCCUUGGCUGUGGCACUCCAGGUUAGACUCAAUCAAGCAUCUGAAGGCUGUUUUUUUUUUUGUUGUUCCCCUUACAGACAAAAUGAAAAGACUGAAUAUCGUGUGCAAUAUUUUACAGUGCAGUUGAUGAUAAAUUUGGAAGGCUCUGCUUGUUUAAUAUGUACAUUUUUAACAGUUUUUUGACAUAAUUACUGGGUAAUUUCUAAUAUAGGCACAGACUGUUUUCAUGAUGGCUCGUUAAACAUGGGUUUUUGUCAGAUCCAUGGUCACAGGACUUUGCUGAUCAGCUUUCAGUGAAGAAUUUUCUCUGUUCGCUAUUAAAGACUUUGGACAGGUGUGGUGGCUCACACUUAUAAUCCUAGCACUUUUGGGAGGCUGAGGUGGGCGGAUUG